AUGUUUCAGGAGCACCUUCCAGCUCAACUGCCUUUCCCAGCUAAACAUGCCUUCAAUGUGCCGACCAAAACAACAUGCUGCUCCAGUUCAUGUCAGGACUUCAGUAUAAAUGCAUAUCCUGUGGAAAGCCUGGGAAAUGAACCCAUGAACCUGUGCAAUGAAGUGCACUGUAAUUCUCAAUACAAGCAGCUGGAAGAAUUUCCUUGCAACUUGCUUACUGUAAGAGUCAUACGAAUGAGAAAUCUUCGCCAAGCUGAUAUCUUAAGCCAGUCUGAUUCUUACGUGACCCUCUGGUUACCUACUUCUUCAUGUGAAAAAGUGCGGACCAAAACUGUUAAUAAUAGCAAGAACCCGGUUUGGAAUGAAACAUUUUAUUAUAGGAUUCAAAACCAAGUCAAGAAUUUGUUAGAGAUGUCUGUCUUUGACGAAGACCUUUUCACUCCAGAUGAGCUCCUCUUCACUAUAUCCUUUGAUGUUGCUCGGCUUCCACUUGGUGAAAGAGUUCUCAUGUAUUUUAAGUCUGAACCACAGAAACAAGAAGAGCUGGAAAUUGAAUUUUUGGUGGAACCUGCGCCUGGCCCACCUGAAACCAUCAUAACAAAUGGCGUCCUAGUGUGUCGUGAGGUUUGUGAAUUGAAAGCAGAGGUGGACCAGAAGAAGCCCCGUAAAUCAAAGAAAGACCUUGCACUUUCAGUGAAAGGUUCCUGCGAAGGCACUCACUGUUUUAAGAUGGGUUCGGAUGCUCUCAUUAUACCGCCAUGCCCCACUACAUUCCACUAUGUCAAGUACAAGGAUCCUGCAAUGGACAUUAUGCUACCAAAGAAGACACACUAUAAUCCUAUUACCUGUUCUUAUAGCACCAAAACCAAUGUUCUACCAGUCAUGUUGAAUUCCCUGCCCAUGGGAGAGAAAGUACCAAUAGUGGAGAAGAAAAAGUACAAUUUGCACGUGCAAGUAGAUGACUGUCAUUGUUCCAGCCCAGCAGACCUUGAUGUGCGCUUGGGAUAUGACAUAUGCCCACAGGAAGAAGAGUUCUUACACAAACGGAGGAGACAUGUUGCUCAGGCUCUGAAGCAGGUUCUUCAACUAAAUUAUGACUUGCAAGAUCAUGAGGUUCCAGUGGUGGCAGUCAUGACAACAGGAGGUGGGACAAGGUCAUUCACAACAACAUAUGGCUGCAUAAGGGGCCUAAAAAAAUUAAAUCUUCUAGACUGUGUAACGUACAUGUCUGGCUUGUCUGGCACUUCGUGGGCCAUGACACACCUGUACAGAGAUGCUUAUUGGUCCCAGAAAGAUCUUGAUGAAAAAAUAAAUGAGGCUAAGAAACAAGUGACCAAGAGCAAGAUGGAGAUGUUUACCAUGGAGCGCAUGAAAUAUUAUUAUCAACAGCUGAGUCAACGGAAACAAGAAGGAUACAAUACAACAUUUAUAGAUCUCUGGGGGCUUGUCAUAGAGUAUUUGAUAAAUGAUGGGAAAGAUUGCCACAGGCUUUCGGACCAGAGGGAAUCUUUGACAGAUGGACAGAAUCCAUUGCCAAUCUAUGUGACCAUCAAUAUUAAGGACAAAUACAGCACUCAAGAUUUCAAAGAAUGGAUGGAGUUCACUCCCUAUGAGGUGGGGUUCCUGAAAUACGGAGCAUUUGUGCCUUCAGAAAACUUUGGAAGUGAAUUCUUCAUGGGCCGCAUGAUCAAGAAACUUCCAGAAAGCCGAAUAUGCUAUCUCCAUGGUAUGUGGAGUAGCAUAUUUUCUUUAAACUUGUUGUAUAUCUGGAACAGAGUUAAUGAUUCAGAGGAAUUCUGGCACAGAUGGACUCAAGACAAGUUAAUAGAUAUUGAGGAAGAGCCUUAUUUACCUACAAGGCCAUAUGAAAUAAGGAGCCAUAUGUACGUCCCAGCUGGAGAACUUGCCAAUAAGCUCCGAGGGGUCUUGACUGAUCGCUUUUCUGUUGCCCAAUAUCACAAUUUUCUGAAGGGUUUUCAGAUGCAUAACUACUACUUGGAGAAUGAAAAUUUCAAUAGAUGGAAAGCUACGGUAUUAGACGGAUGCCCAAAUCAACUAACGGAACAUGCAGACUCUAUAGGACUGGUGGACGCUGGAUUUUUCAUCAAUACAAGUUGCCCACCACUUUUAAGGCCAGAGAGGAAAGUUGAUGUCAUUGUGCAUCUGAGUUACAGUGCAGGCUCACAAACACUGCCCCUAGAGCAAGCUUGCAAGUACUAUAUCCAGCAAGGUAUCCCAUUUCCACAUGUUGUCCUUACGGAAGAAGACAAGAAACAUCUAAAGGAAUGCUACUACUUUGAUCAAUCAGAUGUCCUUGGUUGUCCAAUCCUGGUUUUCUUCCCAUUAGUGAAUGAUACCUUCCGUUAUUACAAAGCACCUGGCGAGAAACGCGAUGGUGAAGCAGAGAUGGCUGCAGGAGAUGUUGAUGUUUCCACCUGGAAGACACCAUACAAUACUUACUGGCUCACAUACAGCGAUGAAGAUUUUGACAAGCUAGUAAACCUGAGUGAAUACAACAUCUUGAAUAACGAGCACCUGAUUCUGCAGGCUUUGCGUUCUGCUGUAGAACGGAAAAGGCGGCAUUGAUGGAGACAGUAUAGAUUGACUGGGGAGCUUGUGGGGAAGGCAGAAGAUCAAGUAAUGGUUGGCUACAGUUACUGAUU